CUCCCGUCGGCUUCCGGAAGCUCAGCUCAAAAUGCUGAACUGCUUCUGGAAGUCUCUGGUGCGGUGCUAGUUGGAGUCUGUUCUCGGGCCUGAGCCUCGAGGCCAGGCUCCUGGGUGUCGUUAAUGUUCGGGGCCGCCGGGCGCCAACCGAUCGGAGCUCCAGCCGCCGGGAACCGCUGGCAUUUCAGUCGAACCAUGGAAGAACUGGUUCAUGAUCUUGUCUCUGCUUUGGAGGAGAGCUCAGAGCAAGCUCGAGGUGGAUUUGCUGAAACAGGCGAUCAUUCUCGAAGUGUGUCUUGUCCUCUGAAACGCCAGGCAAGGAAAAGGAGAGGGAGAAAACGAAGGUCGUAUAAUGUUCAUCAUCCAUGGGAGCCUGGCCACUGCUUAAGUGAAGGCACUGAUUCUAGUUUAGAGGAGCCAAGCAAGGACUACAGAGAAAAUCACAAUAAUAAUAAAAAAGAUCAUAGUGACUCUGAUGACCAAAUGUUAGUGGCUAAGCGCAGGCCAUCAUCAAACUUAAACAAUAAUGUACGAGGAAAAAGACCUCUGUGGCACGAAUCAGAUUUUGCUGUGGACAACCUUGGGAACAGAACUCUGCGCAGAAGGAGAAAGGUAAAACGCAUGGCAGUUGACCUCCCACAGGACAUCUCUAACAAACGGACAAUGACCCAGCCCCUUGAAGGUUGUAGAGAUCAGGACAUGGACAAUGACAGAGCUUACCAAUAUCAAGAGUUUACCAAGAACAAAGUCAAAAAAAGGAAAUUGAAAAUAAUUAGACAAGGGCCAAAAAUCCAAGAUGAAGGAGUAGUUUUAGAAAGUGAGGAAAUAAGCCAGACCAGUAAGGACAAAAUGGACUAUGAAGAGCAAAAAGUCUCAGAUGAACUCAUGAGUGAAAGUGACUCCAGCAGUCUCAGCAGCACUGAUGCUGGCUUAUUUACCAAUGAUGAGGGAAGACAAGGUGACGAUGAACAGAGUGACUGGUUUUAUGAGAAGGAAUCAGGUGGAGCGUGUGGCAUCACUGGAGUUGUGCCCUGGUGGGAAAAGGAAGAUCCUACCGAGCUAGACAAAAAUUUACCAGAUCCUGUCUUUGAAAGUAUCUUAACUGGUUCUUUCCCUCUAAUGUCGCAUCCGGGAAGAAGAGGCUUUCAAGCUAGACUCAGUCGCCUUCAUGGAAUGCCUUCCAAGAACUUUAAAAAAUCGGGAGGGACCACAACUUCAAUGGUGAGCACCCCUGGUCCUGUCAGUAACAAGAGGAUGGUUCACUUUUCCCCAGAUUCUCAUCACCAUGACCAUUGGUUUAGCCCUGGCGCUAGGACAGAGCAUGCCCAGCAUCAGCUUCUGAGAGAUAACCGAGCUGAAAGAGGACACAAGAAGAACUGUUCUGUGAAAACAGCCAGCAGGCAAACAAGCAUGCAUUUAGGAUCCUUAUGCACAGGAGAUAUCAAACGAAGAAGAAAAGCUGCACCUUUGCCUGGACCUACUACAUCAGGAUUUGUAGGGGAAAACGCCCAACCAAUCCUAGAAAACAACAUUGGAAACCGAAUGCUCCAGAACAUGGGCUGGACACCUGGGUCAGGCCUUGGACGAGAUGGCAAGGGGAUCGCUGAGCCCAUUCAAGCCAUGCAGAGGCCAAAAGGAUUAGGUCUUGGAUUUCCUCUACCAAAAAGCACCCCUGCAGCUCCCACUCCCAAUGCAGGAAAAUCCGCCUAAGAAGAAAAGCAAAGAAGAAAUGUUUUACAAUUUUUAUUCACGAUAUAGAUCCCCAUUGUCCUAAAACUACAACAUAGCUUCCAUUUUUGAAGCAGAAAUCUCCAUGGCCUCAAAGUCAUCACUCUAGCGUCCUAACCACAUACCGUCCAGCCACAGUGAGAGAGAUGGGGCUCUGUCACAAUUCCUGGUGCUAAAGUGAAAACCUUCACCUUUUGCAAUUUUCAGCUAUUUCUAGGUAUAAGGAACACUCAUUUCUCCUAUUUAUUUUGAUCUCAUAGGUCAGUCAUUUCUAGCGUGAUUCGUUCGUGUGUGUGUGUGUGUGUGUGUGUGUGUGUGUGUAUGAGAGAGAGAGAUGCCCAGGCAAAUGUGAGCACACCCACAGGUUUCUCGAAUGGGAUAGGCCAGAGAGGGUGGUGUUUCUAUCAUCCCUAGAACUUGAAAGACCUCGCAUUUCAUCAGUGAAGUCCUAAGAUAAUCUUCGUGUGAAAGGCUUGCCAAUUUCACGUUCUGAUUUUGGCUCUUUUGUAAGGAUUCUGUAGCAGGGUGGUCCCAAUUAUCUCUCCUUGGACAGUGUAGGAUAAAGUUCACAGUUGACAAACAACAAUUAAUAUUUCCCUCUGACAUUCUGACCAAAAUAAACCUCAUCAUUGUAAUCACCAGAGUGCCCACAACAUUACCUUAAUGCAGAUUUUACAAAUUUUACCUCAUCUAGAACAGAAAAUAAUUAUUGAAAGAAAAAUGUAUUUUUUAAAUUCACCAUGACUGAACUGUAAAUUCUAUUAAUCUAGACUGACUUCUACCUCUCUCUUCCCAAAGGUUGAUAUUUUUUUAAGAUCAGUGCAACUGUGGUAAACUAAUUUUCAGUUUUAACCAUUGGAGACUAGAAUGAUCGAAUCAGUUUGUUUGAAAAUCUAAAUGGCUCUUCCAAGAAUUCAGAUUUCUGGCAAUGACCCAGCCCAUUUACAAGGUGAACAAGAAAAUGAAUGGUGAUAAUUUGCCAUCUAACAUCUAGGUAGUUACUUUAAAACCAAGCAAAACAAGUCAUUUUUAUUAUGUGCCUCCUAUUACUAUUUUUGAAUCAUCUGCUUUGUAAUGCCAGAGGUUCUAAAUAGCUCUUGGCUUAGGAGAUGAUCUUCAUUAUUAAGGACUGAUAAUAUAUUUAUAAUGGCUUUUAUUGGUUGAGUAAAGGUCAAGCUAACACAUGUGAAUCACCUUUCUGAUGGAGUUUUUUAAGGCUUUUUUUUUAAGAGCAGUUUUAGGUUCACAGAAAAAUUAAGAAAGUACAGAGAUUUCUCAUAUACCCUCUGCCCCCAAACAUGCACAGCCUCCCCCAUUAUCAUCCAGAGUGGGACUUUUGUUAGGAUCAAUAAGCCUACAUUGACACAUCAUAGUCACCCAAAGUUCACAGCUGACCUUGCAGUUCACUCUGGUCUUGUACAUUCCAUAGGUUUGGAUAAAUGUCUAAUGACGGGAUCCACCAUUGCAGUAUUCACACAGAGCAGGUUCACUACCCUGAAAAUCCUCGAUGCUCCCUUGUAGUAGGUUCUAGAAAAUUUUGCAAAUGUUUUUUUAAAGGAGAAAGAGGAGGUUUGUGCAGAUAGUGGACCUUUCCUAGGUGGUCUCGUAACUGCCAGUUGGGGAGAAAAAGGUCUGUGGUUUGCCAAAUGUACACGUUUAAGAAUUCUCUUCUUUCCUAGGGGUAUUGUGGGUAAGAGGACAGGUUGGUUAAGAGAUUAUAGACUACACAGGUAAAUUGCUCUUUUGAGGCAUUCUUAUUGGAUAGAGUAACCCUGUAGUAUGAUUACUUUUAUAAGUUUGUUUCUUGGAAAUUUGUCACUUAAAAAAAAUGCUUUUUGCUAAAUACUCGUUCUAGCUAUGUAAGGGGGGGAAAGCUGGAGGAGAUCAUCUAUAAUACCAGGUUAAAACUUCUCUAUGGUCGUGUAGAGUGCUUUAGGAUCUAUUCAAAAGAUUUUAUUUUUAAAUCCAUUGCCUGAAAAUCUUCUGAAACCCAAGAAUGUUGAAAAGCCAAAUUUGAAGCUGCUGAUAACACACAUUAAGUGUAUUGUGAGACAGGUCCCAAACUCCUGAGGACAGCCUUCUUUUUCACUCUGCAAUGUUCUAACCCCCAUAGUGAGGAACAGCAGAAUGUAUACCAACUGGCAUGGGGAAACUCCCUCAUAAGACAUUACAGUCUUAUAAAGACAUUACAGUCUUUAUGAACACUUUGUAUUGUUUCCCUUAGGGACAGGUACUAGUCCUCUGAAGCAGACCCUUGGAGAUGCUCAUUUAGCUUGGAUGUUCUCAAACACUCCCUCCAAAGUAGUAUUUACAUUAUCAGCAAGCAAAAGGUCAAAUUCUUGACGUCUAGAGCCCUCUAUGUGGCUCUCAGAAGACUUAAAAUAUUUUUUAAUGUUUGUAAGUAUUUAACUUAGUCAAUACUCCAAGUAGAUAUUAUCACGGAAACAUACAUCAGAAGCACAUACAUCCCUUCGCCAUUCAGUCCUGAAGAACAGUCAGUGCAGACCUGAUGUUCUAUCUGUACCCAAAUGUAAUUGGAGAAAUAAACACAAUUAAAAUACUGAAUUUUUAAUGUAAAUCAAAUAUCUUUCAAGAUAGGAAGCCCACUAAUUUAUGUUUCACUUACAGUACCAGUUAAUUUUUACCUGCUUGUUACUAUGCACAUAGAACCCAAAGCAUCCAAAGGAAUUCCUGAUUUAGAAUGCACAUUCAUGUCUUCUGAAAAAGGUGGUAAGAUUUUCCUCUGCUCCUUUGUGAAGUCACUUUUCUACUCUACAGUAUCUAAAGCCCAUGUCAAAUUAAUCAGUCAUGCUAAACUGUAGAGAAUACAUAGGUCUCUUCCUUUAUGGUCUAAAUUAUCUCUAGCUGUAGCCAAGAGGGGCUGAACAUGACUGCCUUAGCAGUUCAACUUUUUUUCUUCGUAUGUUUAUUAAACUUGAUACUGAUGAGGCGGUGUGUUCGGGUCUUUUCCUUCCUUCCUUCCUUCCUUCCUUCCUUCCUUACCCCAAAUGUAAUUUUUAAGGCUAUAUUCCCCUUAAACUUGUUUGCUUUCGUUUUUCAGUUACCUGACACCCCUUUAAAAGAAAGUACAUAACUAACUGAAAUUUACCAAUUAAUUAGUGUCAACACUUGAAUAGAUAGACUUUAUAACCCAUACCGUGGUUAUCAAACAGAAGUAAAGACAGUAGAGUUAAAAGAUAUGCACAAUGUAUACAUAUAGGUGUGUUUACAGGCACAAACGUGUGCAACAAGCAGACAUGGUUGCAAAAUACUGCAUUUUAUUAAUACAUUCAUUUUAACAUUGUGAAUUGAUGUUCUUGUAAUGAAUUGAACUGACAGUUGCUUCUCUUCACAUUUUCAUUUUGAGCCAUAAUUUCACAAAAGAAAAUAAUUUCUUCCUGUAUUUUGUCUUUCUAAAAACAAAAAGUGAUCUCAAUUAGUAUGGUAAAAUGAAGUUGGUUAGCAAAGAUUAUUUUGGAUUUUUUUUUAGUUUUUUUUCCUUUUCAUAGAAAGCUAUAUUAAUAGUACAACAAAGAAUGAAAGAAUAAAACUAUGUUUAAAAAUGUUAUUUAUAAGCAGUCGUUGUCUUUGUGCUUUAAAUGUUUACCUCUUAACCUUAAAGUAAUAAAAAUAAAGUUGAAAGUACUCUAAAAAAAUUUUUAAUUACUUCCUUUGACAAUUCAGAUCUAAUAAUUAAAUUCAUUGCUCAUUUCUAAACCCUGGAACAUUUCAGUAUUUUCAAAAGAUCUACAGAAAAAAAAUUGGUGAACAUAUUUGACUCACACGUUUAUUCACAGCUGACUGUGACCUGUUUUACCACAUUUUCAUCAUGUGUUUAAUUUCUCUGAAGUUGGGCUAAAACUGUCUCAAGGCCUCCUUCCACUCAAACAUUCACUGAUUCUCAAGUAGCAAGUACACACGUUCUCUCUCCGGCUGCUUGAAAUAUCAAUGAGAAUCAUAUAUGUUCCAGUCACUCCAUUUCUUCCUGGAGCAUUGUACCUUUCAUAAGCAUGCUUGGGUAUUUUAAAUAUUCUGUAAUACUAAAGUGUUGAGUUUUGUUUGCUGUAAGAAGCAUCUCACUGUGUUGAUAAAAUGGUAUCAUCUCUCCCGAAAAACUAAGUAGUGUUGUUAGUUUUUUUUUUUUUUUUUUAAUCCAGUAGGUAUUAAAUACUCAUUUAUUUAACAGGCUUGCAGUAAUAUAUACUCAAAUGACAAGUGGACCAUGAAGGCUCCUUCUGCUGGGUUCCUACUAAGCAAAGACUCAUUACUUUACACACCUGACAUUUUAAGUAGAUCCAGAUUUGUCUCUAGUGAGCCAGUGCCAUUAACUGCCAGAAGUAUGAUCUACUAUUGCCACUUUUAGUUUUAUCUGUACAUUAGAGUUGUCUUCUGUCUUCGAAUUGUCAGACAGUUUAAAUCAUUCCCGGAUUCACAGACCUCACUCCUGUUCGUGAUCAGAAUGUCCUAUGUUUACCCCUUAAUCUUUCAAGGAUGAAGUUGGCUAACAAUUGAAGGUGAUUUUUAUGUUUGUUUAGUUUAGGUUUUGGCUUGUGGGGGGGGUUGUUUUGUUGUUGUAGUUUGAAUUUUCAAAAUAAAUCACUGGAAUUUUAAA